AUGUCUGCCCCUAGGAGAUCGGGGAGAACAGCAGCUGCGACAGCUGCAACAGCUGCAAGCGCUGCUCCCGCUACCCCUGCGGCUCAACCAUUGGCUGGCACCGUCAUUGCCAUCAGCGGCACCUUUGAAAAGAAGCGGACGGAGCUCGAGUCGUGGCUCUCCUCCCUCGGUGCCAGCAUCGCCAAGUCAGUUACCAAGAAGACAACCCAUCUCAUCACGACACCAGAGGAAGUCAAGGCUGUCACCACAAAAGUCGCUUCCGCCCAGAAGAAUGGCAUCUUCAUCGUCACACUUGAAUGGGCCGAGGAGUGUGAGUCUCAGGGGUCCAAGGCCGCUGAGAGCGACUUUGAGCCCGGCAAGUCCGCAACGGCAAAGGCCACCCCGGCUGCAGCCACUAAUGGAUCCACGAAGAAGAGUGGUGCCUCAGCGCAAGCCAAUGGGUCUCAGCAGAAAGGCCCGCAGUCGCAGUCUCAAACCAGCACCGCGACCAAGGCCAAUGGCGCAGGCAAGAAGCGCGUCAAGGCAGACACUCAAUCUGACAAUGACAGUGAUACCGAUGCCAAACCCGACGUGAAGAAGCAGAAAGCCGCCGCUGGUGCCAAGGGCAAAAAGAAAGCUGCUGGUUCUGCGGCCGCAUCCGACGAUGCUGACGAUAAGACCGACGUGAAAAAACAAGUUUCCGAUGGUGACGCCCAGGUUGCGUCCAAGGGGAUCGUUGUUCCUCUUGAUGAGGGCUGCAAAGUCCAGGGAACUGUCUACAUUGCCCCUGAUGGUGUCAUCUACGACGCAUCUCUGAACCAGACAAAUGCCUCAAACAAUAACAACAAAUUCUACCGCGUUCAGCUUGUACAAGAUGGCAAAACGUUCAAGACAUGGACCCGCUGGGGUAGAGUCGGAGAAUUUGGUCAGUGUGCUGUUCUUGGCAAUGGUAGUCUCGACGACGCCUUGAAAAACUACGACAAGAAGUUCAAAGACAAGAGCGGCCUUCCCUGGGUGAAGCGCGGUGACCCUCCCAAGCCUGGCAAGUAUGCCUUUGUUGAGCGCAGCUACGAGCCAGAUUCGGAUGAUGAUGGCGACGACGAUGAGGGCCCGGCCGGCGACGUCAAAAAGGAUGAAGAGGACGACGAGGAUAUGCCAGAUCCAGUCAAAUCAUCCCUUCCGCAGCCGGUGCAGGACCUGAUGAGCCUCAUCUUCAACCACCAGUACUUCCGCGAGGCCAUGACCUCAAUGAACUACGAUGCCAACAAGCUGCCCCUUGGAAAGCUCAGCAAGAACACCAUCCUCAGGGGGUUCCAGGUGCUCAAAGAUCUCGCUGCUCUGUUCAACGACAGCACGCUUGCCGACUCACAAUACCACAUGACUGUCCCGGCUGCGACUGAGCACUUGUCGAACUCGUACUACUCCCUGAUCCCUCACGCAUUCGGUCGCAACCGUCCUCCCAUCAUUGGCUCUGGCAACAUGUUGAAGAAGGAAGUCGACUUGCUCGACAGUUUGUCCGACAUGAAGGUUGCGGCUGACCUUAUGAAGGUCGAUCGCAAGAACAACGACGUCCACCCCGCCGACAGACAGUACCAGGGUCUCGGAAUGGAGGAGAUGACUCCUCUUGACCCCAAGAGCCCAGAGUUCACCCUUCUUGCUGAGUACCUGAAUGGAUCCAAGGGCUCUACCCACGGCCACAGCUACAAAAUACAGGAUAUAUUCCGGAUCGAACGACAGGGCGAGGUGGAACGCUUCGAAAAGAGCGAGUUCUCGUCCAUCAAGUCUGAUCGAAGGUUGCUGUGGCAUGGCUCGCGAGUUACGAACUACGGUGGUAUUCUCAGCCAGGGCCUCCGAAUCGCCCCUCCUGAGGCCCCGGUUUCUGGAUACAUGUUCGGCAAGGGAAUCUACCUUGCAGACAUGUCUAGCAAGUCAGCAAACUACUGCGCCUCCUAUAACUCAGGCGGCCAGGCGUUGUUGCUGCUUUGUGAGGCCGAGCUUGGAGACCCGAUGCAGAAGCUUACAAACGCGAGUUACAACGCGGGCGAUACUGCAAAGGCGGGCGGCAUGUGGUCCACUUGGGGUCAAGGUAACACCGGACCGAGCAAGUGGAAGGAUGCUGGCUGCGUAAACCCAUCCCUCAAAGAUGUCCAGAUGCCCGACGUGAGCGUGACGCCAGGCCCAACCAAUGUCCCGGGCGCAUACCUCAUGUACAACGAGUACAUCACGUACGACCUUGCCCAAGUCCGUCUCCGCUACUUAUUCCGUGUAAAGAUGUGA